AUAAAAAUGUCGAUAUGGUACGCUUAUCUGUGGGCAAUAACAUGUAUAUUUUGGAAUUGGAAGUUGCAGAAAGAAUCCACGCACCAGUGUUAAACAAUACAAUUUAUAAAAAGCUAUUUUUAAGAAAAAAGUUAAAAUAUCAAAUCAUCGGAAGUGCUAUCGACGUUUUUCCACCUCUACAAAGAGCAUAUUUUGAAAUCGCACUUGCGGUCACCCCGAGCACUACGGCUGUGUUUUCGUUGCGUGCGGUUGUGUUUUGAUGGUUGGUUUUGUCGUUUGUUGUCCACCAUAUAUAUCCCUAAUUAAAAUAGAGAAAAUUACGAAUAAGUAAUUGUGCGGUCAGCAAACACAGAUAGUGUCCGGUCAAGGAAAGCAACUCAAAACGAAAAAAGCCCUCCCCCAAAAGACAAAAUCCCAAUUGCGACAUUCCUUGCGCGUUAAACUUCGAGUGUAUUGUUGGUGUGGGAGUUGAUAGAGCGGUGAGGAGCGGAGUGGAGUGAGAGCAAAGGUAGCCGGCGUUUAAAGUGUAUUUGUAUUUACUUUGUGGCUGACCGAGCCUGUACUAUACUCUCAUCGCCCUCAUCAAUGUCGUCAACCGAUGUGUCGCGUCUGCUGGGACUAGCGCAAAAGUUUAAUAAUUUCUAUUUGACAGGCGUUCCUAAGGGCGACAUACGUCCAUUUCUGGUUGGCGGACAGCAAGUUGGCCUCAUUAAAUCGGAUGUCUAUAAGCAGCUGCUCAAGUAUCCUGAAGUGUUCUGCAUACGUGACUGUGAAUACACCAAGCAGGGACUCGUUGAAUUGAAUCCGGCAUUCCGUGACUAUAAUGAACGCACCGCACGAUUGGAGAAAGUAUUACGUGAUCUGCGCAGCGAGGGAUUAUUCUCUGCCCUGGCGGGCUGGCGGGACGAAUGCUUCGAGGUGAAGUCCGAGCACAAGGCCUUGCUGAAGAUGGAGCGUGCUGCGACGCCGCUGUUUGGUGUACGAAAGUAUGGUGUGGACAUCAAUGGCUAUGUAAAGCAUCCGCAGCACGGUCUGUGCAUUUGGCUGCAGCAACGCUCCAAUACCAAAGAGACCUGGCCUGGUAAAUGGGAUAAUAUGGUGGGCGGUGGUCUCUCGGUGGGCUACGGCAUCAUGGAGACGGCCAUUAAGGAGGCUGCCGAGGAAGCAUCCAUUCCAAGUGAUCUCGUCAAGAAUCUGGUUUCUGCCGGCUGUGUUUCGUUCUUCUUUGAGAGCGAUCAGGGUCUGUUUCCCAACACCGAGUAUGUGUUUGAUUUGGAGCUACCGGUGGACUUUGUGCCCCACAACGCUGAUGGCGAGGUGCAGGCCUUUGAACUGCUUCCGGCCAACGAGUGUGUGGAGCGUGUCUUUACACCUGAUUUUAAGACGACAUCGGCGCCUGUGGUUAUUGAUUUCUUAAUACGACAUGGUUAUAUUACAGCAGAGAAUGAGCUAAACUUUACGCAGAUUGUGGAGCUAUUGCAUGUGCCAUUGCAGUCGUUGUACACGUACAAAACGCGACUGGAACAGAAGCUGCAGCAACAAAACGCAUCAUCACUGCCCCCCAUCAAUACUGACGACAACAAUUGCAAUUGUUCGACGAGUAGCUUGCCAAAAAGACCGCUGGAAAAUGGGCACAACAAGAAGGAAUCAGCUUAAUUGUGAACUAAUAAUAUGGAUACGAUACGCCAAUAAUAAUAAUAAUAAUAAUAAUGGACAACGAAAGGAUUUUUUGUAGAGAAAGACCAGAGCAUUGAGAAGCUGUGGACUAAAUUCAUAGUUUGAGAGACUGCUUUUGUAGUGGGAUUUGUGAAAUCCAAAAAAAAACAAAAAAAAAAACAGCCAAUAAUAUACAUACAUACAUACAAAUAAAAGUAAUAUAUGAAAAUAAGGAUGGAGCAAAAGUGAAAAGAUGAAGAAUAGA